CUCUCUGCUUUAUUUGCCUUCUCCUUUCUCUUAUGUCUUCUCAUCACAACUAACCAAACUAUGUCCGAAUCCGACCACAUGGAGACUUUCUGCAACAAAACAUCCGGAAACUUCACUCGCAACUCAACUUACCACACAAAUCUCAACGCUCUUCUCUCCAUUCUAAGCAAUCAGUCCUCCCUCGAUAACUAUUACAACCUCACGACUGGUCUAGCUUCAGACACAGUCCAUGGAAUGUUCUUGCGCACAGGAGACGUCAACAGAACAACUUGCAACUUCUGCGUCAAGACCGCAACAACCAAGAUCUCCAAAAACUGUACCAACAGCCGUGAAGCAGUCAUUUACUACUUCGAUUGUAUGGUUCGCUACUCUGAUAGGUUCUUCCUCUCAGCUUUAGAGACACAGCCUAAUACCUUUUUGUGGUCUACCGAUCCAACACCCACAACAUUUGGUAAAUUUAGACAGAGUUUGGCUGAUAAAAUGGGUGAAGUUAUCGUCAGAUCGUCUAUGUUAUCUUCAUCACGUACUCCAUAUUAUCUUAUGGAUAUGACUAGGUUCGAUAACUUGUAUGAUCUUGAGUCUAUUGUUCAGUGCACUCCUUAUUUGGAUCCUGGAAACUGUACCACAUGCCUGAAACUUGCGUUGCAAGAGAUCAUUGACUGUUGUAGUGAUAAGCGUUGGGCCCUAAUCUGGACUCCUAAAUGUCUUGUAAGUUUUGAUACCUACAACUCUUUGUUGUCGCCGCUUCCAUCCCCUACUCGCAGCGGUUCCUUCUCGAUCAGAGGAUGUAAUAAACUUGGGGGAAUGGUUCUUGCUAAUGGCCGCUUCGGUGUUCGCAUUUUUGGGUUUAUGAUAAGAUUUGCAAUUUUGCAUGUUUAUACUUAA